AUGAGCUGGCUCCGGGUUGCACGCCUCAAGCCGUUGGAGCUUCUACUGCCGCUGCUACCACUGCUGCUCGGGACGCGGCCCCAUGGCAGUCCAGGCCCACUGCAGUGCUACAGCGUUGGCCCCUUGGGAAUCCUGAACUGCUCUUGGGAACCUCUGGGCGACCUGGAGACUCCCCCUGUGCUGUAUCACCAGAGUCAGAAAUACCAUCCCAAUAGAACUAAGGAGGUGAAGGUGCCUUCCAGACAGAGCUGGGUGACCAUUCCCCGGAAACAGUUCACCACGGCUGACGAACUCCUCAUCUGGGGGACACAAGAAGGACAACUUCUCUGGCCCCCUGUCUCUGUGAACCUGAAGACCCAAAUGAAGCCAGACACCCCCCAGAUCUUCUCUGAUGUGGACUUUUUUAAGGAAGAAACCCUGGAGGCCAUUGUGCAGUGGGAACCACCGAAGUGGCCACUGCAUGAAGUCCUCAUCUGUCAGUUCCGGUACAAAAAAUGCCAGACUAAAGAGUGGACCCAGCUGGAGCCACAGCUGAAGACAGACCUGAUGACUCCUAUUGAGAUGCAGAACCUGGAACCUGGCACGGGCUACCAGGUAUCUGGCCGCUGCCAAGUGGAGAAUGGAUAUCCAUGGGGCGAGUGGAGCCCGGACCUGUCGUUCCCGACGCCAUUCUUGGCUCCUGAAGAUGUGUGGGUAUCGGGGACCAUCUGUGAAACAUCUGGCAAACCGGCAGCCCUGCUCUUCUGGAAGGACCCAGGACCUUGUGUCCAAGUGACUUACACAGUCUGGCUUUGGGUUGGAGAUGUUACUACAACCCAAGAAGAGGUCCCGUGCUGCAAGUCCCCUAUCCCUGCACAGACGGAGUGGGCAGUGGUCUCUACUGGCAACCACACCAGCUGGAUGCCUCUCACCAAUCUGUCUUUGGUGUGCUUGGCUCCAGAAUCUGCCCCCAGUGAUGUGAGAGUCAGCAGUACUGAUGGGAUAAAGGUGACCUGGAAACAAGGGACUGGGAAACCAUGGGCAUACGUGGUAGACUGGGCUCAAGAUGGUGACAGCCUGGACACGCUCAACUGGACUCGUCUCCCCCCGGAAAACCUCAGCGCUUUGUUAUCAGGGGAUUUCCAAGCAGGGGUCCCCUAUCGAAUUACAGUGACUGCAAUAUACUCUGGAGGAUUGGCUGCUGCACCCUCAGUUUGGGGAUUCAUAAAGGAAUUAGCACCGCUUGCUGGACCAGCAGUUUGGCGACUCCCAGAUGACCCCACAGGGACACCUGUUGUAGCAUGGGGAGAGGUACCAAGGCACCAGCUCCGAGGCCAGGCUACUCACUACACCUUCUGCAGGCAGAGCCGAGGCAUCCCCACUAUCUGCAUGAAUGUGAGCAGUCAAACCAAGACUGUCACUCUGCCCAACCUUUACUCGGGUCCCUUCAAGCUGUGGGUGAUGGUGUCCACUGCUGCAGGACAGGGCCCACCUGGUCCCAGCCUUUCACUUCACCUACCAGAUAACAGGAUCAGGUGGAAAUUUCUGCCCUGGGUUCUGUCCCUGUGGGGCUUGCUUCUGGUGGGCUGUGGCCUGAGCCUGGCCCCUCCCAGCAAUAUGUUUGCCACCGGGUCCCUGCUGGCCAGGUGCUUAUACCAGAGACACAAGUUGCUUCCCCAAUGGAUCUGGGAGAGAGUUCCUGACCCUGCCAACAGCAAUUCUGGGCAACCUUACAUAAAGGAGGUGAGCCUGCCCCAGCCACCCAAGGACGGACCCAUCCUGGAGGUAGAGGAAAUGGAGCUACAGCCUGUUACAGAGUCCCCUAAAGCCUCUGUCCCACUUUACUCUGGGUAUGAGAAACACUUCCUGCCCACACCAGAGGAGCUGGGCCUUCUGAGGCCUCCAGCCCCCAGAGUUCUGGACUGUUCUGCUUCAGGCUAGGGGCUGUAUC